GGAACCAGACAGUCCUGGCAGUCAAAAUGAGGCUUCUCCUCCCCGUCUGCUGCCUGCUGGCUCUACUGGCACUCACCACUGCAGAUGCAGUGGACUCUGAGACUGAGCAACUUGUGCCACUCAAGUUGAAGUCUGAAGGUCAGCUUUUCAACUGCUGUGACGGCACAGAAGAUAUAAGCCAAAGCACAUCCAAUGACACUCCUGCACCACACAGACCUGUCUGCCAGCCCUGUGGCACAGGCGCACAAAUUGAAGAUGCCAGCUUGGAGGAGGACGAGGUCGUUUCUGAGGAGAAAUCUGAAGAGUUUAACCAAGAGGAGGCGGUGUCUGAAGAGAUAUUAGAGGAGGAGGCAGGAGCUGAGUUAGAUGCAUCUGAUCAAGUGUUGGAGGAGGAAGUUCUUGAUGUGAGGGAGGAGGAGAUGUCUGAUGUGGAGGCACAACUGGAUGAAGAAUCUCUGGAAGAGGUUGUUGAGGAAGAUUCUCAGAUCAACUAUGAGGCGGUGGUGGAGGAAGUGGAGGAACUUCAGACUGAAGAUGAAGCAGGCGAAGAGGAACUUUUUCAGAUUGAAAAACGGGUUGUUGAGGAGGAAGAAGUUGAGCAGACUGAAGAAGAGGUAGUGGAGGAAGAGGAGGAUAUUCAGACUGAAGAUGAAGCCUUUCAAACUGAAGACAAGGUAGUUGAGGAAGAGGAAAGUCUGCAAACUGAAGAGGAGGUAAUGGAGGAAGAGGAGGUUCUUCAGACCGAAGAAGAGGUAGUUGAGGAAGGGGAAGCUCUUCAGACAGAAGAGGAGGUAGUUGAGGAAGAGGAAGGUCUUCAGACCGAAGUGGAGGUAGUUAAGGAAGAGGAGGUUCUUCAGACUGAAGAUGAAGCAGGCCAAGGAGAGGAAUAUUCCCAGGCUGAUGAAGAGGUAGUUGAAGAAGAGGAGGUUCUCCAGAUUCAAGAUGAGGCCGAUGUAGAAGAGGAGGUUUCUCAUACUGAAGAAGAGGCAGCAGAGGAUUUUCUGAUUGAUCAGGCAUUGGAGCAAGUGGAGGAAGUAACAGAAGAAGAGGACACUUUAACAGAGGAAGAAGGAGCUCCCGAGGUUGUGGAAGAGGAGAAAUCUGUAGAAGAACCAGAAGCAGCUGAAGAGUUAGUGGAUACUGAAGUAGAGGAGCCAGUCACAGAUGUUGUUGAAGAGGUAAAUGAGGAACCAACUCCAGAGCAAAUUACUGUUCAAGAAGAGGCUCCUGCACCUGCUGAGGAAGCAAAGGUGGAACUAAUGUCAGAAGAUGUGCCAGCAACCAAAGCAUCUGCAAAAGUGGAGAAAACAGCCCCCUCAGGUCCUGUCACAAGAGAUCGUUCUCACAUUGAAGAGACGCUGCGUCUGGCAACAGCUGAACCUUCACGGGAAUAUGUUGAUGCUUUGAAGAAACUCCAGGAGGUCUACAACACUGCAAUCAAACCCUUGGAGAAGGCCUACAAAUACAACGAGCUUAGGCAGCACGAAGUGUCAGAUGCAGAGAUCACCUCUAAGCCCAUGGUCCUGUUUUUGGGUCCUUGGAGUGUUGGCAAGUCUUCCAUGAUCAAUUACCUUCUGGGUCUUGAAGAAACUUCACAACAGCUUUAUACAGGAGCUGAACCCACAACCUCUGAGUAUACUGUGCUAAUGCAUGGUAAGAAGCUUCGCACUGUUGAGGGCAUUGUCAUGGCUGCGGAUGGUUCCCGAUCUUUCACAGCGCUGGAGAAGUUUGGUCAGGGGUUCCUGGAAAAGCUGGUGGGAAUCGAGAUGCCGCACAAACUCCUGGAGCGGGUAACUUUUGUGGACACGCCUGGAAUCAUUGAGAACCGCAAACAACAAGAGAGAGGUUACCCCUAUGGUGAAGUGUGCCAGUGGUUCAUCGACCGUGCUGCCCUCAUCUUCCUGGUGUUUGACCCAACUAAACUGGAUGUCGGAUUAGAACUUGAAAUGCUGUUCAGACAGAUGAAGGGACGUGAAUCACAGAUCCGUAUCAUUCUAAACAAAGCUGACAGUUUGGCAACUCAGGACUUAAUGCGCGUGUAUGGCGCCCUCUUCUGGAGCAUGGCACCUCUGAUUAAUGUAACCGAACCACCACGCGUCUACGUGAGCUCCUUCUGGCAGCAGGAUUAUGCUCAAGACACCAACAGAGACCUGUUCCAACGUGAAGAAAUCUCACUUCUAGAGGACCUGAAUCAGGUCAUUGAGAAUCAACUAGAAAACAAAAUUGCAUUCAUUCGCCAGCACGGCAUCCGUGUGCGCAUUCACGCUCUUUUAGUCGACCGCUACCUGCAGACGUACUAUGAGAAAUUAGGCUGGUUUAGCGACCCACAUGAGGUUUUCCAGGAUAUUGUCAGUGAUCCCGACAAGUUCUACAUCUUCAAGUCUAUCCUGGCCAAGACCAACGUGAGUAAGUUUGAUCUGCCAGAACCAGAGGCAUACCGGGACUUCUUUGGAGUGAAUCCUCCAAGCGGCUUUAAGCUCCUGUCUUCAUACUGCAGCUGGUCAGGCGGAUGCUUGAUGGAGAAGAUUGAAAAGGCCAUCACUGAUGACCUGCCCGCACUGCUCAGCAAUUUGGCAGAGAGAAGAGAAGCCAAGACAGAGAAAAAAGAAGCCAAGACAGAGGGAACUGCAGAAACCAAAGAGAAACCCCAAAACCGUUGGCGGAGACAGUAGAAGAAACCACUCAAAGAUUUAUUUUCUACAAUCAGUCAGUUAGAGGACAUUAAAGAAUAACAGCUUAUGAAUGAAAAAAGAAAAGUUCCGAGACCUUUACCAGUCUGUAUAAAACUAAGAAGAAACACUCCACUUUUUUGUAAAUAGGCUCCAACAGUUGAGUUUUACCAUUUUUGAAUCCAUUCAGCCGAUCUCCAGGUCUGGCGAGAGCACUUUUAUCUUAGCUUAGCUUAGAUUAGCAUGGAUCAUUGAAUCAGAUUAGACCAUUAGCAUGUUGAUCAAAAAGUCUUCUGGAGUUACAUCAUGUACUAAGACUGACGAGACAUGAAAAGUUCCAACAUCCCAAUUUGGGAAAAGUCAUUUCCGGGUGGGACAUAGUUGAUUUGUGGGAGGUGCGCGACCUAUCUAAAAAAAGGGGGAGGGGCAUGUGACAUAUCUGGAGAGCGAGGAGGGAUGUGGUGGAGAGGGGUGCGCGACUUAUUUAAGGGCUGGGUGGGAGACAUGAUUUCCGGGAGAUUAUCAUUUGUUUGUGGGCAUCCGUCUCUAUGCAUAUGCGGGAGACUCCCUGAACUUCUGGGAGACUUGGGAUGCCUGAAACUUGCCAUCUUCUAGGCUAAUAUGGCUAGGAACCAUAUUCUUAUUCUGGUGUAAUUAUCAAGGAACUUUGCUGUUGUACCAUGGCUGCAGAACACACAUAUUAUUACAUGGAGCCUGAAAAUCAAGUCUUACUCUUAGUACACAAUUUAACUAUAGAAGAGUCAAGCUUAAAUUAAGAAAAUUAUCGAAACUCUUUGAACAUUUUUGAGCCAGAUGCUACAUGUCUAAUCUAAGUCAGUGAUCUAUUCUAAGCUAAACUAAGCUAAAAGUGCUUCCGCCAGAUCUGGAGAUCAGCUGAAUGGAUAAAAACAUUUAAAAACUUAACUCUAGAGAAGUUGUAAAAGCCUAUUUUCAAAAAAAGUGGAGUUUUCCUUUAAAACAGAGAUAAUCAGGGUAUGUUUACAUGACAACAAAGUGCCAAAACUGAAGUUUUUGCUUUGCUUUUUAAAAUGUUUCGCAUACAGACAACUUGACAAAAUUACUGUUUACAGGAUCCAUAAAAUACUAACAAUUCUGUAAUAUGCAAGCGAGGUCAGUAGGUGGCAAUGUCACUUUAAAAACACAGUACUUGCAUUCAUAAACUUGUCCUGGGCAUCAGCAUCUUCACAAAAUCACAUUUUUUUUUGUAGUUUAGAUGAUUAUGGUACCAUGGUAAGUUUAAGCCAUCUCUGAAUAAAACAAGUAAAGGACAAGUGGAGAAACACUCCACUGCUUUUGUAAAUAGGCUCCAACAGUUUAGUUUUAGCAUUUUUGAAUCCAUUCUACUGAUCUCCAGGUCUGGCGGGAGCAAUUUUAGCUUAGGUUAGCAUAGAUCAUUGAAUCGGAUUAGACCAUUAUGUUGUUCAAAAUGAGUUUUGAUUAAUUCCCUAUUAAAAGCUUGACUCUUCUGUAGUUACAUCAUGUACUAAGACUGAUGGCACAUGUAAAGAUGCUAUUUUCUAGGCUAAUAUGGCUAGGAACUAUACUCUUAUUGUGGUGUAAUAAUCAAGGAAUGGCUGCAACAGGCACAAUGUUAUUACACAGAGCCUGAAAAUCAAGCAACUUUUAAUUUUCCAUCUUAAGCUGCGCUCACACUGGACUUUUCUCCCCAUAGAUUUCCAUUCAUACGCACGUAAAUGCAUCAGACGGGAAGUGCAAGCUUAUGCGACAAGCAUCACACUUCGCUGCGUUGCAAAGUGUAAGCUUGGUGAACUCUACCCUGCAAAAUCGCAUCACAUGACUACAUGAGACCAACUGAAGAUCAAAAUAUGACCUUUUGGACAGAAAUUUAGAAUAUGGACCAAUCGCUCGCUUUUUAAAAUGUCUAAUAAUCUUGUUUAUUCCUGCCCCUUUUUGCAGCGCCGCACCACAGAAUUUUGCAUGCUCAAACUCUAAUGUGACCGUGGCGUAGUACACAAUGCAACUACAGAAGAGUCAAGCUUAAAUUCAGAAAAUUAUCGAAAUCUUUGGUCAUUUUUGAGCCAGACGCUACAUGUCUAAUCUACUUCAGUGAUCUAUGCUAAGCUAAGCUAAAAGUGCUCCCGCCAAACCCGGAGAUCAGUGAUAUGGAUUCAAAAAUGUUAAAACUCAACUGUUUAACUCUAGAGAAGUUGUAAAAGCCUGUUUAAAAAAAGUGGCGUUUUCAUUUAAAACUGAGAUAAUCAGGGUAUGUUUACAUGUAAGUUUUUGCUUUGCUUUUUGAAAUGUUUCGCAUACAGACAACUUGACAAAAUGAUCGUUUACAUGGAUCCAUAAAAAUACAAACAAUGCAGUAAUAUGCAAGCGAGGUCAGUAGGUGGUGACGUAACUUUAUACAAACACUGUACUUGCAUUCACAAAUUUGUCCUGGGCAGCAGCGUCUUCACAAAAUCACAUACGUAUGUAGAUGAGAUGAUUAUGGUAUCAUUUUUAAAAGUAUAAUCCCUCAAAAAGCCAUUGUCGUGUAAAUUGAGGACUUUUUAAUUGCAGUGAGUGACAUGUAAACAUACCCUUAGUAGCCCACUUGUUUUCUCUCUUCUUUUAAUUUAAUUAACUUUGCAAUAUACUUAUUUAUACAAUGUUAAAAAUAAACAACACAAUGUCAUGAUCUUAUUUAUUUAUGAAUGUCAUUUUAAAAGUGUGAAUAUGUGUUAGAAAGACUUCAGUACUUCAGUUCCACUUGUACAUACUGAUCACGUUCCUUUGUACAACUUACUGGUAUAUGAGUUUCAAUGGUAAAUGAGAAUUCCUAGUGUUACUUGUUUGUUUGCCCACAUUACUGCAUGGUAAAACUGUGGUGACGUUAAUAUUUCUUCUUUUUUUGUGGCUGCUACUUUACACAAUAUAGAAAUGAAACUUUGAAAUGGAUAUUUAAGUCAAUAAAAUGUUGGAGUAAGUAGA